GUUGCAUGCUUCCCUUUUAGGCUGGUUCUGUCUCUGGAGGAAAAGAACCUGUGCCUCAGAACACUGGAAGAAAAGAACCAGGCACUGAACAAUCAGGUGUCUCAGUUUCGUUCUGCUCUUCACGAGGCCGAGCAGCUCUGUUCAAACCGCACAGGACAACUGCUGGCGCUCAACAUCCAGAUGUGGACCCUGCAGGAUGCCAUGCUGGAGAUGGAGGCUACCCAGGCAACUCGAGAGAAGCAGCUGCUGCAGGAGCUGGAGGAGUCCCGAGCAGGAGAACGGAGCUUGAGGGACUCUGUGCAGGUGCUGGAGGCUGAGGUGUCUGAGCUGCGUAGGAAGCUCCAGAGCUCUGAUGACAAAGCACUUUCAUUGGCCAUAAAGUUUAACACCUCAGAGCUGGAGCUGAGGAAGACACAGGCUCAGUGGGACAAUCUCAGAGCCUGCAACCAGGAGCUGCAGCAGGAGUUGGAGGAAAGUGAGCAAGCGAUGUGGAGGGCAGAACACCAGAAGACCUGUCAAGAAACUGCCCUGGAGAAAGAGGCCAUUGCCCUGAAGGAAGAGGCUGUGACUCUUCAUCAGGAGGUGGCAUCUCUGCAGAGGAAACUGGAGAGCCUGGAGAAGGAAAGGAAGGAUGUGCUGCGUGAACGGGAACUGUAUGAGGAGCAGAUGAGAGAUCUGAAAAAGAAGAAUGAAAUGAAAACACCUGAAAUUCCAAGAAAGGAAACAAUGCAACAAUUGGACACUGAAAAUGAAGGAAAACAGGAAGAGUUGGAGCAUAUGGCUGCUGCUUUGAAAGAAGGCAGUGGGAACACUCAAAUCCUGUGUGCUCCACUGGCCAAGGGUAAAAUUGCCAAAGAGGCUCUGAAGAAACGCUUGGCCUUCCUGAAGGGAAAGAGUCAUCCCCAGCAGGCUGUUGGAGCAGAAGGGAAGCGGCUGUCAGAGCGCUCCAGGAAGGGUGUGGAAUGUGUGCGGGACCAGGUUGCAGCAGCAGCAAAAGACAAGCCAGAGAAGCGUGAGCUCAGGAGAACUUUUGAGGUUUCCCAGGAGCAAGAGUCGUCGAGCAGGGCUCUGGAGCAGCUGCACCAGGAACUGGCCCAGGUGCGCAGAGAGAAGGAGCUGCUGGGCCGGGAGAAGGCUGCCCUUGAAGGCCGACUGGCAGCCAUGGAGUGUCGCCAACAAGACCUUUCCAAGCAGCUGGCAGAGACCAGGUCAGCGAAGGAGAGCCUGGAAUCCAGCCUGUUUGCUGCUCAGCAGCAGAUAUCUCAGCUGGAGAUCACCAGCAACCAUCUGGAGGCUCAAGUGCUCACAGUCACACAGGCCAAGGAGGCGCUCCAAGGAGAAGUGCAGUGCCUCCAACGUGAGCUGGAAGCAGAGAGAGCUCUCAGGAAGCAGGAGCAGGAAGACACAGCGCAACAGCUCUUGCAGGCAGAGCAGCAGCGUCAGGAAAGCCUCAGGCUUCAGGGAACUGCUCAGCAGGUGGAAAUAAACAAGCUCCUGCAAGACCUGGCAAGUGAGCGGGAAAGGCACCAUGCAGAGAUGCAGGAGACGCUGCAGCAAUGGGGAAAAGAGAAGGCAGAGAGAGAGCAGGAGCACGAGAAGGUGCUGUUUGAGAUGAGGCAGAAAGUUGCCACCCUGCAGGCUCAAAGAGAAGAGGAACGAACUAGAUUUGAAAAUGCCAAGCGAGAGGUCCUGCUGGAAAAGCAGAAGGAGAAGAAUUCUUUAUCAGAGACACUGCUCCAAACUCGGGGACAGCUAAGCCGAGCCUGCCAGCAGGUGCAGCAGCUCAGGCAGGAGGUGAAAAAGCAGCAAGAGAAGGGGCAGACCAUCGAGGCAAAGCUGCAAGCUGAGCUGCAGGAAGCUCGGAGGGAAAUCCAGGCAGCGCAGAAGAGGCACGAGGAAGAACUACGAGGCAUCAAAGAGGAAAUGAAUCUCCUCCUUGUGGAGAGGGAGGCUCUACAAAAGCAGGUGGGAGAGUUGACAUCUCAGCUGGCAGCCUCCAGAGAGUCCCAAGCAACGAUUGUUCAGAGAGCCCAGCAAGAUGUGAGCUGGGCCCAGGAGCAGUCAAGGCAGAAGCUGUUGGAGGUUGAGCACCUCCAGAAGAUGCUGGAGGAGGCAGAACAUCAGAACAAGGAGCUGCAAGUGCACCUGAAGAACUUGGAGCUGGAAGGGAGUCAAUGGGAAGAAGUGGCACGCCAAAAUUCAGGAUUUCGGGCUUCCUUGGACGCCCUGGAGAAGGAAAAAGCCAGGUAA